AUCGUUUCGAAAUGUCUCCUUCCUGACCAAAAGAACGGGUGAUUCAGCAAGGAACCAAAGACUUGCAAACGAGAGCUGUGUUUUUCCCGAUUUGUUUUUGUCUUUUUAAUUUUCGUCAUUUCCUUUCCAUUUUCGCCGUUUAUUUUCUCUUCCGAAUCGCCGGAUUUUUCACCAACGACCACCACCACACUUGUUCAAAGCCCCUCUCUCUACAGAAUUCGCCUCCUACUCUCUCUUGCCAAGAUCUGAUCCGAUUUUACCUUUCCGUUUCUCUCUUUCUUUUUUCUCAAACCCUAAUCUUAAUCAGAUUAGCGUUUUUCUCAUCUUUCUGCAUCCCACAAUUGGAGAUUCGAUUCUGCUUUCUCUGAAUUCUUCCUGUGCUUUCCGAAUUCGGUCACUUUCAAACCCCAACCCGAAUUCUGGUUUCCUUUCUGAUCAAGAUUCAAUAAAUGCGGUAGAUCGAGACCCAGGGGAAGGGAGGUUGGUGGGUUGCAUGAGGAUUUGGUGUUUUCAUUGCUUCACCGACGGCGACGGAGAAGAAAACGGCGGCGGAGUUUCCGGUAGACUGAAUCAAUCGUCAGCAACGGCCAUGGAUAACAACAGCGAAGACGGCGAUUUCAUCGGUUUCGGUGAAAACGAGAGGGAAUUAGGCGUCGCGGACGGUGGAAUUCUCUCAGAGCACGAACGUUGGACGAUGUGUGAGGAGAUGCUGGCGACGGAGGAGAACGGCGAAGCCGCUGGGGAUGAAUUGGAGCGCUUAUGGUCAUCUGAGAUUCGCUUGCAUCAGUUGGUGCAGGGAGAGAGUAGCAAUGCGGUGGCGGCGGCGGCUGCUGUAGCUGAGGAUAGUACCAUGGAGGAAGCCGAUCACGAUUCGCACCACAAGCGUGCCAAAGUGUACUCUGGCCUCGCUGAGUGCCGAUCUGCUGCUUCCGGGAUAUCCUCAGAAGCUGGAAAUUCUUGUUCGUCGGUAGAGAGAACUCUCAGUUUUGGCGUUGCCUCUUCUUCUCGGACGGAUACUGAUAUGUUCUGCCAGAAUUUCAUCUUGAAUUAUAGUCGGAAAGAUGGGAAAAAAGAAGAUGGUGAUGACAAUGGUUCUUCAGACGCAGAAGAUUUUGAAGUUCAUAUUGAUUUGACUGAUGACCUCUUACACAUGGUAGUAUUCUCGUUCUUGGAUCAUGUCGGCCUCUGUCGCUCUGCUAUGGUCUGUCGGCAAUGGAGAGUAGCUAGUGCUCAUGAGGAUUUUUGGAAGGUCUUGAACUUUGAAAACAUGAGGAUUUCUGUCGAACAAUUUGAAGACAUGUGUCUUCGCUAUCCUAAUGCCACUGAAGUGAAUGUUUAUGGCACGACUACUGUUAACGCUCUGGCUAUGAAAGCAGCUACUACUUUGAGGAAUCUUGAGGUCUUAACUGUAGGAAAAGGUCAUAUCAGUGAAAAUCUUUUCCAGGCAUUGGGGGAGUGUAGUAUGUUAAGGAAUGUGACUGUAAGUGAGGCCAUUCUGGGAAAUGGUGCUCAGGAAAUACACCUGAGUCAUGAUCGGCUACGUGAGCUUAAAAUUACAAAAUGCCGCGUUAUGCGUUUGUCUAUCAGGUGCCCGCAGCUCAGGUCUUUAUCGUUGAAAAGAAGCAACAUGUCGCAGGCGAUACUUAACUGUCCACUCCUCCAACUUCUUGAUAUAGCCUCGUGCCAUAAGCUCUUGGAUGCUGCUAUCCGUUCAGCAGCCACUUCCUGUCCUCAAUUAGAGUCGCUAGACGUUUCUAACUGUUCCUGUGUCAGUGAUGAAACUUUGCGUGAAAUAGCACAGGCUUGUGCUAAUCUCCAUCUUCUUAAUGCUUCAUACUGCCCCAAUAUAUCUCUUGAGUCGGUACAUCUUCCCAUGUUGACAGUUCUCAAGCUUCAUAGCUGUGAGGGUAUAACAUCCGCGUCUAUGACUUGGAUUGCUAAUAGUCCUGCACUAGAGGUUUUGGAGCUUGAUAAUUGCAAUCUGUUGACAUCUGUAUCUUUGCAUCUCUCGCGUCUGCAGAGUAUAAGUCUAGUCCAUUGCCGCAAAUUCACAGAUCUGAACUUGCAAAGCACAAUGCUUUCAUCAAUCACUGUUUCAAACUGUCCAGCGCUGCGCCGUAUCACAAUCACUUCCAACUCCCUUCGACGAUUGGCUCUCCAGAAACAGGAGAAUUUGACAACAUUAGUUCUGCAAUGCCACUCAUUGCAAGAAGUGGAUCUCUCGGAUUGUGAAUCAUUGUCGAACACUGUUUGUGAAAUAUUUAGUGAUGAUGGUGGAUGCCCAAUGCUGAAGUCAUUAAUUCUCGACAACUGUGAGAGCUUAACAGCAGUGCGGUUCUGCAAUUCAUCAUUAGCAAGUCUUUCCCUUGUUGGUUGUCGUGCUGUUACUUCUCUUGAGUUGAAGUGCCCUCGCAUAGAGCAGAUCUGUUUGGAUGGAUGUGAUCAUCUUGAAACUGCAUUCUUCCUGCCGGUCGCGCUCCGAUCUCUGAAUCUAGGAAUAUGUCCGAAACUGAGUGUGCUCAACAUUGAAGCACCUUAUAUGGUGUCUCUUGAGUUGAAAGGUUGCGGUGUACUGUCUGAAGCAUCUAUUAUGUGCCCUCUAUUGACAUCUUUAGAUGCGUCUUUCUGCAGUCAACUGAGAGAUGACUGUCUGUCUGCAACCACUGCUUCUUGCCCACUAAUUGAGUCACUGGUGCUAAUGUCAUGCCCUUCUAUCGGCUCUGAUGGCUUGUCUUCCUUGAAUGGACUGCAAAAUCUGACUGUUCUUGAUUUAUCAUACACUUUCUUGAUGAAUUUGGAACCCGUCUUCAAGUCCUGUAUUCAGCUUAAGGUGCUAAAAUUACAAGCCUGCAAAUAUCUCACUGACUCAUCACUGGAGCCUCUAUACAAAGAAGGUGCUUUACCGGCACUUGAGGAGUUGGACCUGUCUUAUGGAACUCUCUGUCAGACCGCUAUAGAUGAUCUACUUGCAUGCUGCACACACUUGACCCAUUUGAGCUUGAACGGCUGUGUUAACAUGCAUGACCUUGACUGGGGUUCAGCCAGUGUGCAGCUAUUUGAUUACUUUGGUGUCUACAGUGCUAGUGAGAAUACUCAAGAACCAGCCAACCGGUUACUGCAAAACCUCAACUGUGUGGGUUGCCCCAAUAUCAGAAAAGUGUCGAUACCAUCUGCAGCUCGCUUUUACCAUUUGUCAUCACUCAACCUUUCGUUGUCGGUCAAUUUGAAGGAGGUUGAUCUCGCUUGUUCCAACCUGGUCUUACUUAACCUAAGCAACUGUUGCUCUCUGGAAGUAUUGAAACUGGGCUGUCCAAGAUUGGCUAGUCUCUUUCUUCAGUCUUGUAACAUGGAUGAAGCAGGAGUCGAAGCAGCUAUAUCGGGAUGCAGCUCACUAGAGACACUGGAUCUCCGUUUCUGUCCAAAGAUAUCAUCGGUGAGCAUGGCAAGGUUCCGAACAGUAUGCCCAAGUUUGAAGCGCGUCUUCAGCAGUCCUAAUCUUUUGCAAGAUUAGACUUUUGCGCCGAAUGUUUGAUUAUAUACAACUUUUUCUGCAGAUUAUACAAAUGUUGUGUGUUGUGUGGUGUGUUGUUUUGGAUGUAAAUGGGUCCGAGUCUCGAGUUUCAGUAGUGCUUAUAGGCCUCUGGAGCGUGUACUGUGGCCUUCUUAGUCUGCUUGUGUGAUGACACAAACGUAACAACAUAAAUACUCUUUUUUGUCUUUGGUAUAUCAUAUUGUUGCUACUGUUAAGCCCUGUUCUUUUUAUCAAGAGCUGCGUCUGCUGCAGCGACCAAAAAUCUAAGCUUCAAAAA